UCGAGAUAGAGCGCAUGAUCCGUAAAUGGUAAACAAGUCGGAGGCCUCAGGGGCCAGUUCAGAUGUACCAGGAGAACAGCACAGUUGAUCGAGAAACGCAGCGCCUUUGAAGAUAAAUGUCUGGAAGAAGAUUAGCUCUGGGUGCAGCUGGCUGGUUAGUGGGCAUCGUUUCCAGCGUGGCUCUCUCCAAUGUAGCUGCCAGCUCAUCAAAAAGCCGACAAGCGUCGGAAAUGUUCCUCUUCGACUUCACCACUGCGAAUUCCGUGGCCGACUGGAGCGAAAUGUCCGACGUUGUUCGCACGGUGGGCAUGUCCAAGGCUGCCUUAACCCUUCAGAAGACCCAGGUGUUCCAAAGGGCGAUUUUCUUCUCUCUGCUGAAUCCGCAACCAAAUGGCGCUGGAUUUGCUGGUGUCCGAACUUCGGUCCAGCUCGACCUGACGCCUUACAGGACUAUUAAAAUGAAGGCCAGGGUGCAGGGACAGAACUUGAACUACAAAAUGGUGCUCAGGCACAAAGGCGAGACUGGGGAACCAUUCCCAACCUACGAGAAGUUUUUUACAGCGAAGCCAAACGAAUUUGAGGAGAUUGAUCUGCCCCUGAGCGAAUUUGUUGCCUAUUACCGUGGAAAGCCAGUUGCAGACGCUGAUCCUCUUGAUCUGAGCCAAAUCACUGCAGUUGGCCUGCAAGUGUAUGGAGGAGUCUAUUCGGAGCAGAAACAAUCCGGGCCUGGCUCGAUGGAAAUUGACUGGAUCAAAGCACUCUGAUAAAACCAGACAUGUAGCUUAUUUAAAUAUAAAAUAAAAAUAUUCAUUAUCUUUUAAACAGAAUUGGUAAUUUUUAUAUGAAUCAUAUAAUUAUAUUAUGUUUGUUCAUAAUUAUUUU